UUAUGAGGGGAGCAGAGAGUGUGGCUCCUGAGAGAAUAAUUUCCCACAAUAAUUGGCUGGAAAACCGACGUAGGACAUUAUUUUCCAGCCAACCUGAGCGGCAGGAAACCGGAAGUGCGCGUUGCGCGCGGCUCUUUUGAGAUCUCACACUGAGUCCGGGCGCGAAGAGGAUGGAUCGGUACUUGCUGCUGGUCACCUGGAGGGAAGGGAAGUUUCGAUCCGUGGCGGGUGGGGAGAUCGAGCCCGGCACUGAGGCGAUAUCCCUGGAGAGCACCGACAAACAACCCGAUUUGACCGCAACCAAUAUUUAUCACCUCUUGAAGAGAAGCAUCAGCGGUUCAAUCCAUCCAGAUGACAGUACAUUUCCUGCUUGUUCGGUGGGCGGCACACCUCAUUCCAGGAAGUGGUUCUUUGCGGUGCAAGCAAUAUGUGGAUUUUACCAGUUUUGUAGUUCUGAUUGGCAAGAGAUACAUUUUGAUGCUGAAAAAGAUAAAAUUGAAGAUGUUCUUCAAGCAAAUCUAGAAGAAUGUCAGAGUGCUGUUGAGUGUUAUGAAGAAGAUGACAGUAACAGCAGGGAAUCCUUACCCUUGGCUGACCUAUAUGAAGAAUCAGCAGAAAAUUUGCAUCAGUUAUCAGACAAGCUUCCCGCUCCUGGUAGAGCAAUGAUAGACAUAAUACUGUUGCCGUCUGACAAAGACCCUCCUAAGCUAAAAGAGUGCUUGCCCAUUGUAGGGGCCUUGAAACAUCUGAAGGAAUGGCAUUCAGCAAAAGUUAUCAUAGCAGGAAGUUACUGUGAGAUAAAUUGUCAGAAAAUUGCUGAAUACCUUUCAGCUAGUGUUGUGCCUUUAGAAGAAUUCAGAAAUGCCAUUGAUUCGAGGGAACUGUGGCGGGGAGAGAUUCAGAUGCGGGAACGAAAGUUUGGAUUUGAAAUUAGUUUUCCUGAAUUUUGUUUAAAAGGAGUUACGCCUACGAAUGUUAGUGCAUAUAAUUUAAAUACCUGCUUCCUUGCCAAAAAGAUAGCAUCAUCUAAGGAUAAGAAUAUUUUGCCUAAGGUUUUCCAUUAUUAUGGUCCUGCUUUGGAAUUUGUGCAGAUGAUAAAACUAUCAGAUCUUCCCUCCUGUUACAUGUCGGAUAUCGAGUUUGAGUUAGAGGUGACUGGGCACUGCACGAGGCAGAAUUCCGUGCUGCUGUUGGAACAGCUCUCUUCCCUGUGUGGCAAGGUUGGUGCUCUCUUUGUGUUGCCGUGUACUGUUAGCAAUGUACUCAUCCCACCUCCCAACCAACUGGCCUCAAGAAAGUGGAAGGAAUACAUGGCUAAGAAGCCCAAGACCAUCAGUGUUCCCGACGUUGCCGUGAAGGGAGAGUUUUCUGGCUAUCAUCUCCUGCUGCAAGGUAUGGGCAAGAGAAAAUGCAGAGCCACGCUGCUGCACUCGGCCAGCCAGAUCAAUGGCUCCUUUGCACUCAGUGUCAUUCAUGGGAAGAUGAAAACAAAGGCAGGAGAAGCCAGACCGAGUUUCCCCUUUGACUUCUCGUCACUCCCAAGGUUUUCGGAGGAGCAGGUUUUACAGAGAGAGAAACAAUUAGCCAGCUUUCAAGUUUUGGCUUUGAAAGAAUGCCUGAAAAGAAGAAAGGCUGCAAACCAGCCCGAAGCCUUUUCUGCCGAUGAACUCAAAAGUCUGUUGGCACUCACGAGGGAGCGCUUCCUAGGUCACUUUGAUGUUCUCCCCGCUGAAGCAGCUUUAACACAAACAGACACCGUGAAAGCUGCCGGCGUGGUAAAUGAUGCCGGUACAGUUGAACCUCAUUCUUCAAGUCUAAUGGAAACCAAUCCUCUGGAAUGGCCAGAAAGACACGUUCUUCAGAAUUUAGAAACUUCCGAAAAAGCUAAACAAAAAAUGAGAACUGGCUCAUUACCGCAUUCGUCUGAACAGUUGCUGGGCCAUAAAGAGGGUCCCCGGGACUCACUCACAUUACUGGAUGCUAAGGAAUUGCUGAAGUAUUUCACCUCGGAUGGAUUACCAGUCGGAGAUCUUCAGCCGUUACAGAUUCAACGGGGGGAAAAGCCUUUUGUUUUGACACCAGAGCUUAGUCCUGGAAAACUUCAGGUCUUACCUUUUGAAAAAGCCUCGGAAUGCCAUUACCACGGAAUUGAAUAUUGCCUGGAUGACCAAAAAGCUUUAGAAAGAGAUGGGGGAUUUUCUGAACUUCAGUCUCGCCUUAUUCGGUACGAGACGCAGACCACCUGCACCAGAGACAGUUUUCCAGUCCCCACCGUGCUGAGUCCUCUUCCGUCCCCUGCAGUUCUGUCAGAGCCUCAGAGUGUCCCUGAAGGAGAAGCACCGCAAGGCGAACUGCGGACUGAAGUUUCUGGAUUGAAGCGGAGAUCUAAAGACCCCAGCUGCCUGUACCCCCAGAAAAGACUUACGAAAUCAGAAAGUUCGGAUUGUUUGCCUUCUCAAGCAGGUUGCAAUGGUAAUCAUGACCAUCACACGGGGAAACCCAGGAAGCCUCAGGCAGAGCGCUGUGUGCCAGGGCUUCCACUGCCUGGUCGGGAAGCUUCCAAAGACACCGCAAAGACCAGUUCAGGACAAAAACGAGCACACGUAUCAAAAUCAUCCAAGCAAAUCAAGGAAUCACGGUCCCAGAAACACACACGGAUGCUGAAGGAGGUGGUAACAGAUACCUUGAAGAGGCACUACAUCACGGAGGCCCAUGAGAGCUUCACGGCCUGCAGCCAGAGACUCUUCGACAUCUCCAAGUUCUACCUGAAGGAUCUGAAAACAUCAAGGGGUCUCUUUGAAGAAAUGAAGAAAACAGCCAACAACAAUGUGGUGCAGGUGAUCGAAUGGGUGGUAGAAAAGAUGAGCAAGAAAUAAGCUACUACCUCUUCCUUUCCUUAGAAAACUGUACACAGCCUGUGAACUUUCCCCAAAGAGGGUCCAUGGUGUCCUGUAUUUAUAUAGUUUCGUGACACUCAGUUAUUUUCAACUAAUGCACUUAUUUUUACAGUUUUACAAUAUUUUAAUCUAUGAAAUUUUUAUAUAUUUUAAAUGUUUUAACUCUUGGUUAUUUAAUUGUUAAAUAAACAGUAAUAUUUCAUUA